GUCGUUGAGAAACUGGAUAUCCCAUCAAUAAAUACGGAAAAGUGUUGUGACCAGGUGAUAGUAUUUGAUGGAGUAAGUAAGGAAAUAGCAAGAGUGCGUGGGGAGGGAAAAUCUCUAAAUGUGGUGUCUACUGGAAAUAUUAUGACUGUUAUGUUCGUAUCUGAUUACUCAAAUGUAAAAACUGGUUUUCGAGCAACGUACCUCGCAGAAUCGAUUCCAGAUUUGUCAGUACCAGAACUACAAAGUGAAAGUGGGGUCAUUACUUCUUCUCUUAACAUUUCACAACCUAGUCUUUGCAUGUCACUUAUUUAUUCACUGCCUUCAUCUGGAUCACUGAACAUUUAUGCUGACCAAUCAACUGCUGGCAAAAUAUAUUUCAGACAAACUCAUACAAAUUUGAUAAAUGGAUGGAGAAUAAGUCGCUAUGUGUCAAACAGUACUCUUGAUAUCAGAGAUGACUCUACUAAACUAUCUAUACAUCUAGAGGGAAGAAAGAGUAAAAUUUUCAGUAUAGCCGAAUGUUCUACUGAUGGAGACGAUGUUUAUGUUUUUCCAGGAAGAUAUUGGGAGGGCUAUCUCCCCAAAAACCUCACUUCUAAAACAAGACUCAGAGUAAGUGGCGAAACUGUGAGCAAUUGCAAUCAUGGAGGAGCAUAUGAUAAAAUUGCAAAGACAUGUGUAUGUCCAACUGGAUUUGCAGGACCUACAUGCACUGAAGCUUGUGGGCCAAAUCACUUUGGCCUGAAUUGCAGUGGCACAUGCUCAUCUUUUCAGGAUGGUUGCAAAAACAUUAUAUUUUGCAAUAUUACUCAUAACUGUUCAUGUGCUGCUGGAUUUACAGGAAACAAAUGUGAAAAGGAAUGCGAACCUGGGACUUAUGGAGCUAAUUGUCAAAACUUAUGUGGAAAAUGUAAAGAAGGCUCCUGUAAUAAAUACACUGGUGAAUGUGAUGAUUUGUGUGAAGAGGGCUACUAUCCUCCAUUAUGUCAACAUCAAUAUGCAUUUUUAAGUCAAGCGCCAAGUAUUAAGGAAAGAAGUUUUAAUAGUGUUGUUAUUUCUGCUAACUUUCAAAAUCCAAAAGGAAUGGGAAUUCCUCAUUUGUAUGAAGUACAAUUUAAGAAAAUAGGUAGUUCUGAAUGGAAUAAAACAUCAGUUCAAGAGAUAAAUUCAAGGUCAGUAGUUUUGAUCACUGUUACGGAUCUAAAUGUAGGGACCAAAUACUUACUAAGAAUUGUUGUAAUAUGUGAAGAUGGAAAUAGUUAUAGAGGUGAUUCAGUCCCCACACUACAAUUUGAAACAGACUGCCAAGUGCCCAAUUCAAACAUCUAUGAAAUGGAAAGCAGAAAUAUUACGCAAUCAAGUUUUAUCAUCACUUGGAAUUAUCCUGUUUACAGUGACAAAUGGUGCCCUGUAGAUUCAUUUCAAAUAAUACUCCAAGACCAGUGGAAAACGUAUUCUCAAGAAUUACCCAUCAUAGUUAAUUAUACUGCUUACUCAGCUUUGCUGCCAUCUCGCCAAUAUAUAGUUCGUGCUUGUGCAAAAACUAUACAUGGAUAUGCUCCUUGCUCUAAGCCUUUUGGAGUUACAACAGAAGGAAAAGUGCCAGGGAAAGUGAGACAUCUUACUGUGAAUUCAAGAAAUGGAAGAAACAUACAAAUUUCUUGGAAAAGACCUCUGUUCACUGGAAGCAUAAAGGGAUACAGAAUACAAUACCAGUGUGUGAAAAGGUUCAUUUGUGAAGAAUCAUGUGGAAAUUCCAGUGGAAGUCUAGAGACAAAAGAACAUUCAGCUAACUUAUACAAUUUAUUGCCUCAUGUACAAUACAAAAUAAGAGUAGCAGCUUAUUCGUCAAGUCAAGGACCCUUCACAUCCGUGUUUGCAACAACAAAAACAACAAGUCCUGAUGUUUCCCCUAUUGCCAGCAACCAACCAAUUGUUUCUAAAAGUAAUACAACAGUGAUAGUUCAAUGGCUACCUCCCCCAUGCCCUGGUCGCAAUGGACAGUUAACUGGAUAUCACUUUAGUCUCACCUCAGAGACUGAAAAAGGAACAACCAUUCUUCAAAAUGGAACAACAAAGGAUUUGCAAACUAGUUUUACAUCUCUGACUCCAAUGACUCAAUACCAAGUUUUCGUAUAUGCAAUGACCUCUCAUGGAUGGAACACAGAUUUCAAAUUGGUCAUUCCUUUUUCAUCUUCUGCAACAGUUCCAGACACAGUUCAAAAUUUGGAAGUUUAUAAAAGAGGUCGAAGAAUGAUUGGCAUUCGAUGGGCAAAGCCUAAAAGAGUAUAUGGAACACUUGAGUCAUUUACUGUGGCCCACCAUCAGAAAGGUUCAGAAGAUACAUUUUCUCACACGAUGUCUCCGAAUGCAUGUUCAGGAUGGCCUCACUUGUAUUGUUACACUAUCAACAAAUAUUUGCAACCUGAUAAGCAGUAUAUUGUGUCGGUGACAGCUCGCAACCAUGAGAUUGAUGAAGAUGGAAUGGCUUCCGAAAUUAAUGCCGUGACAAGAGAAAAUGCACCAGAUGCACCAGCUUCACUCACAAUAAGAAGAAGUACAAGUACAUCUUUUGAAAUGGAAUGGGAAUUGCCAAAUCUAUUUAAUGGAGAACUCCGGUCAUUUCUUGUAAAUAUUGAACACAUAGACUCUUUCAAUGAAACAGAGUGUUGUGAAUAUUUUCCUGUUCAAGAAUUGCCUGUCAGAGAAGAAUCACCGAUUUACAAUCUGGAGGUUACUGGAUUAAAUCCUGCAUCAACUUAUAUAGUUAGUGUAUCAGCAAAAACAAUUACAAUGGGUCCAAGUAUUAAUGCAACGUACCACACUUCUCCACUGGCCCCUACUGAUCUCAAAUCCCCUGAGGUUAUAGGAAUGGCAGAAGAUGGUCAUUCUUAUGUAUUGAAAAUUAAACCAAUCCACAUGAUUUCAAGUACUAACAGCACAUAUCUUUUAUUAGUAUUGCCUCCUGGUGAAUUAUCUCCACCAGUCAUCUGGGAAAGAGAGUUAUUAGGAAAACUAAUUCAAGCAGUGAAUGCAAGUUUCUACAUUGUUUCAGAGUUUACAAGUGUGGAGCUUGUCAGUGCACAGGAAACUGAAAUAGGCACAGGCAGAACUGUCACAAACGGAACACUAGGCCAGUUAAUGGAUCCCAAAUUAACUCCUGGUUACUAUAGAGUGGGACUGGCUCUUGUUCAAAGAUAUGGACAUGCCAUAAGUGUGGAUUUGGCAACAAGUAACCGGUUUGAAUUUAGAGCAGUUGACUUGGAAAGAGUGGUUUCUUAGUCAAGGUUUUUUCAUGCAUGCUUCAAAUGUGCAAGAAGAAAUAGACUUCAAAAAUUUUGGCAUACAUUUGAUUGCUUAUAAAUGGCUCAAGUUGCAAAAUGACGCACAUAUUGCAAUAAUUUUCUACACAAUUUACAUAACAAAAAAAAUAUUUUGGGCUAAAAACUAUUCAAUUUUUUCCUUUUCUUUUUUCCAUUUAGAAGCAUUCAUGUUUGGUGUAAUUCAUUGUCCAUAUCCAUAAAACUUCAACAUAUUUUUGCAGUAAGUGAAUAUUUUAGAUCUAUUAGUAAGUAUACUCCCAGGAUACAAUUAAGUGAAUGUUCGUCCUAAUGUUUUCUGAGUUCGUAAACAAAUUUAAAAGAAAAAAAUUACAUUAUUUUUUUCUAGAAUAUGAACCAGUGUAUUUAACAUGUUUGAAUAGUAUUUGGAAAUUAUUUUAUGAAAUAAUAAUAUCACUUCCAACUUAUAUCAG